GAAACAAAACCGACGACGAAUGCGGAUCUGCUCUGCAUCGUUACACCCGAGACUAAAAAKAGAAGGCAAUCUGCCUUGUGACUCAAAAGAGAAAGCUGCUAGGGACGAACGAGCAGGCUCGUGAAUCGAUCCCUACCUUCUAAAAUGGUUUGGCGAUCGAGUGUUUUUGCUCGCCGCAUCCUUCGCAGCAGAGGGAUCGCUGGCAUCAGAACAGGUGCGUCGGCUUCGUCGAAUAGKUUCCAACACAACGAGCCGUCUCUGRAUCCUUCGACGGUGUCCCUGGCGGUCUUGGCAACAGCGACGGCGAYCUUWGGAUUCUGCGGGGCCGCCACGAUUCAAAACAGCGGGGAUGACCACGCCAGMCACGGUUUCGGCGACGGCUUGGUUCGGUUCCAGCAAUCGAUGGCGCCAACGGCCCUUUGCGAGAGCAGCUACAAGAGCGAAAACCGCGACGGGGAACCUCCCCACAAAAAGGAAGCAAAGCUGAAGCGCAAGAAAACGGCCCUGAAAGUGGCUACCAACCUUCGAAAAAUGAACACGAGAGAGGAAAUCUCAAAGCUGAGGCUGAUCAAGGACGAAAUGCUUCGGCGGUGGGAACGAGACGAGGAUGGCUGGAGGGAUCUUCCCGCACGGGCAUGGCCGGAAUACCAACCAAACUCGGAGCAACUGGRAGCGAUUGUUKCCGAAAUCCAAAAACUGGGUUGCAACGACAAGCUGGCGACCAGGAACUACGCGAGCGGCACCAACCAAGCCRACGACGAACAAGCGGRGGGGRCAGCCCACUGCUACAAGCUGCUCUUUGACAUGGCCACGGGCUUGGUUUUUUACAACGUCGAUCCGGAAGCGGGAUUUGCGCUGUACGAAAAACUCGCCAAGCAGGGACACACGCCCUCGAUGGUGGCCUGUGGGAUCAUUCUGAUCGAGGGACUGGGGGUGCCGCCCCAAGAACUGCAAGGCUUUUCGUGGCUGGAAAAGGCCAUGGCRUCCUCGGAAGACGGAGACGGCUCGGCGGCCCAAGCCAUGUACGAACUUGGAACCGUGUACUACACCGGAAUCGAUGGGGUCGUGGAGGAGGAUCCGGAGAAGGCCUUUGCGUUGUUCGAGCGCGCCGCCAGGCUAGACCACACGGCCGCCCUUUACAUGGUUGCGGAUUGCCUGGUCGAGGGAGAAGGGACGGAGCGGAGCGUGGCAAAGGCGGUUCCGUUGUUUUACAAAGCCGCCGAGCGGGGGCACCGGUAUUCUCGGCAACGCAUCCGAGAACUCUUGGCCCGAGUCGAUUACCCGCUAUAGCAACAUUCCAUUGAGUAACAGUUCCGAUGAUAAUACAUAUCAGAGCUUCUUCGUCUAAACUUUUUCUCAGCUCGGAAUAGAAACAAACUAUUGUACUGAAUAUAAUAUUUUCAUAAAUUACUUACAGUACCGUACCGUAGUACGAAGUACUUUCAGAGAGCUAACUUUUUUCGAAAAUAUUUUAAGGUACGUAUCGUAGUACGGUAUUAAAUCACACUUAUGACA